AAGAAACGGCCUCUGAGAAAUUCAACUCCGGAGAUGGACCUCCAAUGCUUCUGAGAUAGACAUGGUGCGGAAGCUGCCCAAGGCGGCGGCCCAGUCAGCCAAGUCGGCGGAGUUGCCCACGGAUCGUCCCACGGCCGAGGCUGGCGCGCCGGCUGCGGUUCCAGCGGUGGUGGGGUCUGAGCCUGUAGAGGUGAGGGAAGAAAGAGAAGAGCCCAAAAGGGAGAAGAAAGGUGAAGAGGUGGUCGUGGGCCAUGAGGAGAAGGAUCUGGUGGUUUUAGGUCAGCGUGCUGAUGAAGCACAGCGGCUGGAAGAGGAGGCCCAGCUGCCCUUCCUGUCUCGCUGUUGCACGCGGCUUUGCCAUCAGUGCCGUGAUUGUUGGAGAGGAUUCCAGUUAAGAUGCAGUCGCGGCUUGGAUGCCCUGGAAGCCCUUUUGACUGCCCAACAGGCCGGUCGGAGGCGAAGCAGAUUUCAAGCCGAGUUGCGAAAUCUUGCUUCAGAGAAGCUGCCCAAGCUCAGCACAAUGGAGCGGUUGAUGGGACCAUCUGCCAAGACCAGAGAACUCUGCCAGAGCCUUACCUUUAAAGAUGAGGAGGUCCUUCAUGCUUUCGCACAAGCUGAGCAAAAGAGCUCUCCCUUUGAAGCCUUAGAACAGGACUUUUGGAGUGUGCUUCCCCGGCUGCUUUGCCAAGUUUUCUUGGUCGUGAUCCUUUGCUCGGGGGUCUUUUGCCUCUUAGCCACCAUCGCCUUGGCACCGACCCGUAGCAUCACCCUGAGCUCCACCGGAAGAAUCCUCGACGCCGGGUCUGUGGCGGGGUCAGCAUCGGUGGUGCAUGUGCGGCCAGUGUGGGACUUCCCGCUGUUGAGCUUCAACGAGCUGCGGCAGAUUGAGGAGGUGGUCUUCGAACAUCAACAUGAAGUUCAUGUGCUCAAGGUCGCCGUGACUACGAAGCUGCCAGAUGGCUCAGUACUGCUUCAGUCCACUGAUUCAGCACUUCGCGUGCAAGCCGAUGGUCAGGCUUUCUGGCAAACUUCAAGUGAAGUCUUCCUGGCAGACAUGGAGGCUCUGAGAACUAUCUCCGGUGGAGAUCGGCUUUUGGGCAGCUUGUUGUCAGUUGAGGUCCUCCAGUCUUGACGGCCUCAGUGCACCCCAGGAGGAUCGCCCCGGAAUCCGUUUUUUUCCCAGGUUGUGAUGAGGCACCUCAUGAGUGGUGUAGGAUGGCAACGUACUCAUCCGAGGGAGGGACAUCAAAGGGGUUGAGACCAAAGUCUGAGGAGGUUUCACUAGUUCUGAUGUGAAGGCAUGGUCUAAACCAUGGCUUUCAGUAUCUUCACCUGGUGCCGGAAGCGUUCUGUGCCAUCCUGAGAUCCGACGGAUCUCGUUUUCCGCGACGCGUCCGGAAGUGCAAAA